AUGAUGGAACUAUUUCUAAAAUUACCAAAGGAGAUUUUAGCAUUAGUCGUUUAUUUCAUUGAUAAUAAGAUAAAACUUGAGGAGCUAAUAUCAAUUCCAUUGUUACAACAGCUCGCCUUAAAAGCUAGAUAUUCCAAAUUUUAUCUCACCGACUUUCAAUUUUCAGUCAAAGAUGGAUCAAUUGAGCAAUUAAAAGAACUACACAAGAAGUACAAUUUCAAACCUAGAAGAAUUAUUGGUGAUAUCUAUCAUUUGAAACAGUUAUCAAAUCCAGGUGAAAAAAAAUCAACAUCAGAUAGAAGAACUAGAGCACUGAAAUUGAAUCAAAACGUUAAAAAUGUCGACUAUAAAGGUGUAGAAUAUGAAAUUAUAUUAUCAUCAACUAUAGAUUUUGCUGACUUCAAAGUAGUUGUUGCUGAAUUCAAUAUAGUUGGGAUUCAUAUGACCAGAUAUAAUGAUAAUGUUGGACCUUUAUUUAUUCCUAUCAGAAAUAAUGAAUAUCAGUUAUACCUGACUGCACUCAUGAAUAUGAAAGUGGAAGCUUUAACUACUAUUAAUUCAACAAAUUUUCAAGUCAGAUAUCCGGUAUCGUUAAAAAAAUUGACACUAUACAAUCAAUCUCAAAACAUAAAUAUUGAUUUAAGCUCAUUAGCUAAUUUAAAUUCAUUUGUAUGCUGGAAUCUCAAUGGCACGGACAACUUAAGCAAUUUUAACCUUACCAAAUCCAUUAAAUAUAUACAGCUUAGAACAUGUGAUUUGAAAAACUUGAAUGAUUUACAAAGUUACGGUCAAUUAAAAGGGAUCACAGUUUUUCAAUGUCAUAAUUUGAUUGAUUUAAUCAAGUGUAACUUCCCAGAUUCUUUAGAAAAUAUAAACUAUGCACAUGCUAUCAGUGGAUCCAAAAUUGCUGAAUUAAAUAGAGCUGUAAACGAUGGAGGUAACAUCGAAUUUAAUUCAUCUCAUUUCUCAAGUGAUGGAAAGGCAUUAGUUUUUGGUUCAGAAUCUAAUUUUCCACCUGGAUUGAAAGUUUUAGAAAUUGACAGUAUUACCAAAACCUUAGAAUUAGGGACAGGAAUCAAUCUACAAAGCCUUUAUAAGUUGCUGUUAUGCAAUACGAAAAAUGUUAAUUUGACUAACCUAUUGGGAACUUUACCAAAGUCUAUGGAAUAUGUCAAAAUAUCUACAUGUCUGAUAUUAGAGUUGAAAAACUAUGCAAUCUUUCCAAAUCUGAAGCAAGUGAUAUUUUCAAACAACAAAUUAUCAAAAUUAUUUAAAUCAAAUUUAAGUGUUUUGGAAAGAUUAGAAGUAUUGAGUGUUGAAAGCAACAUGGUAGUCAAUGCAGCAGCGUGUUACGUCAAAGUAGAUCCUUCACAAUUAAUAUUUCCUAGUAAUAGAUCUGUUAAUCAUAAAUCAUCAAAAAAAGGAGCUCGAAAACAUGAAACUGUACCAAUGGUCCUACCUAAUUUACAUUUUUUGACUUUGCAAUGUCAACCCGCCACUAAUAAUCGAAUUUGGGAUGAUCAUGUAUAUGCAACUGUUGUUACUACUCCCAUUUCUUCACCAAUUGCUCCUCACAUUUCUUUCAAUGGUUGCGUCAAUUUGACUGAAUUGAACAUGUUGGAUUUAAAUAUUCAACUGUUGGAUCUUGAAAAACUACCAGAUUAUUUGAUAAAACUCACUAUCAAAAAUUUACCACUAAACUCGAUCAAAGAUACUUUCAACAGGUUCAUUGGUUUAAAGGUCUUAGAUUUACAAAGUAAUCGUCUUUCCUAUUCGAUGUUAGCAAAUCAAACUUUCCCAGCAAGUAUGGAAUCAUUGAAUUUAUCGAGUAAUAGUUUUGAAGACUUAACCUGUUUGUAUCUUGAUAACUGUAUUAACUUAAAUAGUUUAAGAUUGGAAAAAGUAACUGGAUUGGAUUCUCCUAAAGGUGCUAAUGAAAUAAAAAAUUUGUUCCUUAAAUUGGUUGUUGACACUAAUCAUAAUUAUGCAAUCUUAUCGACCAGAAACUCGAGAAUUAUUUUUGAAAUUAGAAAUGGGUUUAUCAUCAGAGGUGGAAGAUCAUUUUUAAAUCUGAAAUCAAGAAAAAGAAAAAGAGUUAAUAAUGAUGAUCCGAAUUAUAAAAAUAGAUGA